GUUCAAACAUUCCAGGCUUGUGUUCAAACAGACAAACUACGACGGAAAUGGAGAAAAACUCAGAGAUCUCGAGGAAAAUGAAUACACAGCUGGAUAAGAUAAAUGAUGAUAUGAAUGAUAUAAGAUUAAUCUUGAAAGCUGGAAACAUAAUGGCUAGUGAUGACGAUGUAGUUCAUGCAAGAAUCUGGAGAGCAGCAGAGGACAUUGAUAAACUGCACCAGCUGGAUAUCACCUUGAUGGACGAGAAUUCAAUUAGAAAAAUUGAAGUAUUACAGACAUUAAUUGAAGAGGGCAAUUUAAGUUUAAAUUUGAGACUCAAUAGAGCACUGAAGGCCAUGCAAAAAUUCGAAAAGCUUGACAACCACAUCAAAAAUGUACAGAAAGCGGUAAUGAAACUGAUGAAAGAUUCACAUACAGAGAGAGAAAAGGAGAUGGAAAUGACCGAAAAACCACAAUUGGAUGAAGAAAAAGAGAUGAAAAUAGAUAGAAAGCUGGACAAGUUAAUUGAUGGCAUCUUUGAAAUAAGAUUCAUUUUAAAAAAUCAAAAUAACAUGUCAGCAGAAAAUUUAGCGCAAGGGUUUGAAAAUCGCCUUUCAGAUGACGAUUUUCAUAUGGAAAAUAUAAAUUCAAGACUAUGUAGAGCAUUGUAUGACAUACACAAGCUGCAGCAACUGGACUCCAACUUGAUUUGCAUGGACAAAGACAAAAUGAGAAAAAUUGAAAUACUUCACAAAAUGUUGGAAGAGGCCAAUGUAAGUUUAAAACUUAGAGUUGACAGAGGAAUGGAAAUUAUAGACACAAUGCUGCAGCUGGAAAGCCAGAUAGAAAACUUAGGAAAAGGAGUUAUGAUAGUUAAGAAAGAGUUGCAGACAGCAAAACAGAAGGAGGUGAAAGAAAACCCCAAAAACUCAGAGAUGGAAAAACAGAAGGAGGUGACGACGGAAAUCAACGAGGCAGAAAUGAAAGCAAAUCAAGACAAGAAAAAAGAAACAAGCAAAUUCCUAAAGCAUGUGGCCAUAGGAGUUGGAGCAGCUUUAGGGACAGGUUUACUAAUUGCGGGCGGAAUUUUGAUCUGGAAAGCCUUUGCGAAGUAAACCUAAAUGGGGCCUCCAUCUUCACUAUAUUCAGAGAAAAGGCUAUUUAAACCACACCAGUUUGACAGUCUUGUUUACGACCAACCAGGCAUCCCGCACCAGGUGGGGGUGGGGGGGUCCAGGUACUUCCAGGGGCCCGGCUGGGUCCUUGGAACCGUACCCUGGAGCCCCACAUACGAGAUCCAGGACCUCUGUAUUUUGAGGUUGGUCUUGGGGUAUGCCCUGUUCCUCAGGUGCCAGGGAGCUGGCACCAGGCAGGGCGGGUCCAGGUACUCCCAGGGGCCCGGCUGGGCCCUUGGAUCUGUACCCUGGAGCCCCACACACGAGAUCCAGGACCUCUGUAUUUUGAGGUUGGUCUUGGCUCCCUGGCCCUGUUCCUCGGGUGCCAGGGAGCUGGCACUAGGCAGGGCGGAUCCAGGUACUCCCAGGGGCCCGGCUGGGCCCUUGGAUCUGUACUGGAGCCCCACAUACGAGAUCCAGGACCUCUGUAUUUUGAGCUUGGUCUUGGGGUACGCCCUGUUCCUCACGUGCCAGGGAGCUGGCACCAGGCAGGGCGGGUCCAGGUACUCCCAGGGGCCCGGCUGGGCCCUUGGAUCUGUAUCCUGGAGCCCCAAGUCCGAGCCAUUGCCGCCUUAAUUCACCAAGCUCAUUCUCAUUCAUUAAGCAAUGUGUCAAACCCUUCAUGCAAGGGCUGGCAUGAAUGUAGACAGCCACUCUCUCCAGAGGAGCUGAAUGCUGCCAGUCAUCCCAUUCUCAAGGCUGUUCAGAAGGAUGCUUUUCCUGAAGAGUACACUUCUCUCCACGUCACGAUGGAGCUUCACAGCUCAAGCUCCAUCGUAACUCUUGACCCCUAUAUGGAUGAAGGCCUCAUAAAAGGUGGAGGUCGUCUCAAACAUGCAUCAAGGAAGGCAGUUCACAGAAAGUGUGUUUGAAAUUUAACAUUCCAGAAGGCAGACAGCAAGAUCUGAAAGUAUAUGACCAGUCUGAUACAGAAGUAGAAGAAAUAGUGAAUCAGUCACCUGGAACCUUUUGAAUUAUGUUGAGCAACAAAGAAGAUCCUGGUGCCAUUCUAUCAUCAUCAUCUUCAGUCACAUCUGAUGACACUGUCAUUCUGAAUUUCAUAAUGUGUGACCAAUCAGAAGAAGAAGCCACUGCUGAAGGAAGUCAACCGAAAAGGCCAUGUCACAAAUUAUGAGGCG